CUCCUCGUCGCUGCCAGUCCCUACCCCACUCGCCCCAUAACAAAAAAUCGAGCUCCACUCCAACAAACAACCACCGCAAUCUCCCCCUUCGCCUCGUUGCACCGCCUUUUCGUGGAAGGAUUUCUUUCCCCACAGAGAAUCUUCUCUAUUGCCCUCCUCCUCGGAUUCCUCUUUCUCUCUCUCUCUCUCUCUCUCUCUCUCUCUCUCUCUCUAUUUUCUUCUCCCUACUGACUUGCUUUGCUUCUUUCUCUCUCCUUUCGCACCUCGCGUUUGUUCUUGUUACCAGCGGUCAAGAACGCCUGACGCAGGGCUGUCCGGCCGGCGGCGCCAUGUGCGUGGAGGACCUGGAGGACGCGGAAAGGCUCGGUUUUGGAGAGGCGCCCCGGGCUGAGGAGCCCGCCGAAUUUCCCCCAGCUCAGAUGGAGAGAGUUUGUGAGAACACUAUUGCUGCUGAUUUCAAGCAGAAUAAGUUAAGCAAUUUUGUUCCAGUAAUUCGAUCAGGGGAAUGGUCUGAUAUUGGAGGCCGUCAAUACAUGGAAGAUGCCCAUGUGUGCAUUCCGGACCUAGCUAAGAACUUUGGUUUCCCAUCAUUGGAUAAUGAAGUUGUUUCCUUCUAUGGGGUCUUUGAUGGUCAUGGUGGAAAAGAUGCUGCCCAUUUUGUGCGCGAUAAUUUACCAAGGGUCAUUGUGGAAGAUCCUGAUUUCCCUCUUCAGCUUGAGAAAGUAGUCACGAGGUCCUUCAUGCAGACAGAUUGCCAGUUUGCUGAGACAUGCUCUCACCAUAAAGCACUGUCUUCUGGAACAACGGCACUUACAGCAAUGAUUUUCGGAAGGUCUCUUCUGGUGGCUAAUGCUGGUGAUUGUAGGGCUGUUCUUUCACGGUGUGGCGCUGCGGUUGAAAUGUCCAUGGACCACAGGACUUGCAGCCUCACCGAAAAGGUGCGUGUAGAAUCACUCGGUGGCUAUGUGGAUGAUGGUUACCUUAAUGGUCUGUUAGGAGUCACUAGAGCACUUGGUGACUGGCAUCUUGAGGGCAUGAAAGAAGUUGGCAGGCCAGGAGGUCCCCUGAGUGCUGAACCAGAGCUCAAGAUGAUCACAUUGACAAAGGACGACGAGUUCUUGAUAAUUGGCAGUGACGGAAUCUGGGACGUCUUCUCAAACCAAAACUCCGUGGACUUUGCACGGAAGCGCCUCCAAGAGCACAACAAUGUGAAACUAUGCUGCAAGGAAAUCGUUGAGGAGGCAAUAAGGCGAGGGGCCACUGACAACUUAACCGCAGUGUUAGUUUCGUUCCACUUGGAGGCCCCUCGGAUCAGAGUGAACCGUCCUGGUAGGGUGGCACGGAGCAUAUCAGCUGAGGGGCUCAAUAGCCUCAGGAUACUCCUGGGAAGGCAAUAACGGCAUUCUUGUUGCGAUUAGGUACUAUGUUGCAUUGCCGACAUGUAAUUGUAUGUAGUUAUCCCGGCACCUCACUGUUAGUUGUUACCCAUUGCUGAGACCUGGGUUAUUCUUGUUGGUAAUUGAACCAACACACUUGAGCUCAAACUUGUGUGGAAGUUUAAGCACAUGGAAUUAAACCUGGGAAAAAAAAUUGUGAGCCCCCAACUCAUAAUGUCAUGUUUUUCCCUUAGCGUAA